AUGGCUUUGUCCACUGGUCAUGUCGCCAGCCAGCUCCGACAUCUGAUCUACUACAACCUCGAUAACAACUUGAUUCGAAACGCGCUAUUCCUUGCCGAACGCCUGCAUGCCUUUGAACCGCGAUCAUUCGAGGCUCAAUAUCUCCUGGCUACCUGCCACCUGCACAAUGGACAAGUAAAGAUGGCGCUUGAGGCCUGCCAGUCUACAGGCACUCGGGGGCUACAUGCUGGCUGCUCCUACAUCUACGCGCAAGCCUGUCUAGACCUAGGAAUGUACCUGGAUGGGGUGACUGCCCUCGAGCGCAGUAAAGGCCAAUGGGCCUCGAAGAACACCUGGAGCAAGCACAGCGAAACCCAGCGCCAUCAUCUCCCGGACGCAGCCGCGGUUUAUUGCCUCCAGGGAAAGCUCUACAGAGCCCAUAAGGAUUUGAACAAGGCGGUGGAUUGCUUCGUGGAAUCACUCAAACUCAACCCUUUCAUGUGGGAUGCAUUUUUAGGGCUGUGCGCAACUGGCGUCAACAUCAAAGUACCGAAUAUCUUCCAACUGAGUCCCGAGCUUAUUGCCAUGGUAUCUUCGUCAGAGAGUUCGGAUACCGUGCCUGAUCGCUUCAGUCCCACCGAAGGCUCUUUCCCGGUGCAAAAUACUGGGAACCCUCUCACAGACCCUUUUACCGUGUCCAACCCCCGCGCUGACCCGGAUGCAACUUUCGGUAGCUCAGCGUUGUGGGAGAAGCUGAACGGUAGCUCCGUUAGCGUUGCAUCGCCUAUCGCACCUGUUAUUCACGAAGGCACAGAAACACCUCAGAGUAGUGGCUCCGAAGAAUUCCGCAUUGCUAAUAGUGCAGCCGACUCUGAGUCUACGUGGGAACCACCUUUGGCACCAGCAAGAAAAAGCCGCACGAUUCAACACAUGAGCUUGGAUCAAACAACGGGACAACCACCGCCCAAGAUGCGCACAACGGGUAUACGCCCUCGAACCAAGCCACGACCAGAAACAGACGAGGCUUCCUCCGAAAGAGAACCUCCACCCGCCCCGCGCAUAGGUGAUAGAAAGCGUACGGUUUCUGGUCAAGUUGCACACCCCGCCCCUCAACAACCUCCCGAACCAGGUGCGCCCCAGCGUCGCAGCGUGCGCCUAUUCAAUCAAAUCAAGCCCAGCACCAGCAAACUCUCGGAUAGCACACUGACCGGCAGGGAUGGCCGUGAAAUGAAGAAGGUGCGAAGCACCGCACCUCGGAGCCGACAUGGAACCACAUCUACCGUCGGCCGUGUAGAAUACCGUACGAACUCCGUACCUCCUGUGCCUCCUCUCCCGAAACAAGCGGAGAAAACAAAAGAAAUAGAGGCCUUGAAUUGGCUUUUGGGCCUCUUUACAAAACUCGCGUCGGGGUACUUCUUGCUCAGCCGGUACAAAUGCCCGGAUGCCAUUCAACAAUUCAAUUCCCUUAGCCAAGCUCAACGUGAGACACCAUGGGUCCUGGCUCAGCUUGGACGCGCCUAUUUUGAGCAAGCGAUGUACGGAGACUCGGCCAAGUACUUCUCACGGGUGCAAAGCUUGGCGCCAACCAGGCUCGAGGAUAUGGAGAUCUAUUCUACAGUGCUCUGGCAUCUCAAAAAUGAUGUGGAGCUGGCUUAUCUGGCACACCAGACGCUUGAAGUCGACCGUCUUUCCCCACAAGCGUGGUGUGCUAUUGGUAAUUCAUUCUCUCACCAACGAGAUCAUGACCAGGCCCUGAAGUGUUUCAAGCGUGCAACUGCGCUGGACCCCGAAUGCGCAUACGCUUUCACACUUCAGGGGCACGAGUAUGUUUCCAAUGAAGAGUACGACAAAGCCCUUGAUGCUUACCGCCGCGGGAUUAAGGCAGAUCCUCGCCAUUACAACGCUUGGUAUGGCCUGGGGACUGUCUACGAUAAGAUGGGCAAGCUGGAGGAAGCCGAGCAGCAUUUCCGCAACGCUGCUCUGAUCAACCCAACAAACGCUGUUUUGCUUUGCUGCAUCGGGUUGGUUUUGGAGAAAAAUAAUGAACCCCGAAAGGCCUUGGUACAUUACGAUCGGGCCUGCUCUCUAGCACCGCAAUCCAUCUUGGCUCGAUUCCGCAAAGCUCGUGUACUCAUGAAGCUUCAAGAAAACAACUCCGCCCUCGCGGAGCUGAAGAUACUCAAGGAUAUGGCUCCUGAUGAGGCCAAUGUGCAUUACCUCCUAGGCAAGAUGUACAAAAUCAUGCACGACAAGCCCAAUGCGAUUAAGCACUUUACGACCGCCUUGAAUCUGGAUCCAAAGGUAAGGCAAUUUCCUCACAGGCUGCAACUUUCAUCAAAGAUGCAAUGGAGUCUCUUGAUGAUGAUGAUGAAAUGGACGACGAGGACAUUGCAUAGCUCGCGGGCUCUGACCGCUAGAGCUCCUGUAGUGUCACCCGCUUAUACUUCUGGUACAUCCGGUCAUCUGCCGCGGUCAGCUGGCGGCUCAACCUCCACGAAGUCGCUACCCUGCACCCUUCCGCGCCGGACACGGACCCCCUCCCCCACCAUGUCAAUCAGUUCCUAUGUGCAGUCGGGCAUCAGCUCCUAUGUGCUGAUUACGCUAUCACUUUUUGUACUCGGCCAAAAGGUCCCUCGCGCAGCUUUCGUCGCCCGCUGCUUGGCCUCGUAUGGCUCCCUGAUCCUCUGCGCACUCUACGGUGUGGUUGCGUCGAUCGUUUUGCGGCUAGUGGGCUAUGGCCGGAUUUCCCAAUGGGCCACGGCGCGGAGUUUUAAGUGGGUGAUGCGGUUCACAACUGGGGUGCGCUUCGAAAUCGUUGAAGGCGAGGAGUACCUCUCUACGCGCCCUGCAGUCUUCAUCGGCAAUCACCAGACUGAACUCGACGUCUUGAUGUUGGGUGCCAUAUUCCCCAAGUACUGCAGUGUCACAGCGAAGAAGUCUCUUAGGAACGUCCCUUUCCUCGGGUGGUUCAUGGCCCUUUCUCGCACUGUCUUCAUUGACCGUGCCAAUCGUGAGACUGCUAUGAAGGCAUUCGAUGGAGCCGCAGAUGAAAUGCGCAACCACCGCCAAAGCGUAUUUAUUUUCGCAGAGGGCACCCGAAGCUACUCCGACAAGCCUACUUUAUUGCCUUUCAAGAAGGGUGCAUUCCAUUUGGCUGUCAAGGCGGGUGUGCCUAUCGUGCCCGUGGUCACGGAGAACUACUCGCAUAUUCUCUCUCCUAAGAACUGGCGAUUUGAGUCAGGAGCUAUCAAGGUCAAAGUCCUCCCACCCAUCGAAACCAAGAACUUAACUCCGGCCGACGUGGAUGAGCUCACCACCUCUGCCCGUGACUCCAUGUUGAAGACCCUCAUGGAUAUGGCGCAGUCCGAAACGGACUCCGAAACGGACAAGACUUCGUCUCGCGCCAAUGGCGUCUCAACCGGUGUUGAGAUCUGA